CAUGUUUCGCUUGUUUCCCAGGCGGACCACUGGUUGCCUAGAAGUCAAUUUCGACUUCAUCCCCCUCCGCCGCUGGCGAUGCUUGCAUGGCCGUGGCUGUGGCGGUGCUGCUGCUGCUGCUGCUGCUGCUGCUGUUCGGCGAGACAUUCUCCUCCAACGUCGGCCAUGUUCGAGGCUGUCCGGGUGCUCCGUGUCGGCCGGCGCCGGAAUUCGUUCUUCAUCACACUGCAAUUAGCCUACAUUCGUCUCGACCUCUCCAGGCUGGUGUUGGAGGCCACUGUCGGAUUCUCAUCAUGCUGUGUGCCGACGUCAAGUGUGUUGUUUACCAACGGAGCGUAGCCAUGGUUCGAGCUCGCCCAGAAGAGGACGGAAACGGCGUAGUCGUCGACAAGAUAAUGCCUGGUCAUUGUGUAAAUAGACGACGACGGGUCAUCGGGGAUGGAGCAUGCUCUCACGACGAAAGCCACCAACCCAAUGACACUGGCCCCAUUGACAACAGCAGGGCCUCUGGCUGACACGGGAAUAGCGGCAUGCAGCUUCGGCCGCAACCCCACGCCCACAGCGCCGCCGACGUGCCAUCGUCGAUGCCACACGAAACUCUCGCCUCGAGAGACCGACAUGGUCGUCGACUGUCCACGGUUCAGGCGACAGUUGAGGAGAGGAAGCUCUGGGGGAGGCUAGCUCUGUCGUCUGUGCUAACGCAGUAUUCGGGGACGCUAGACCAUCCCAAAUGGCUUGGCUGCCCUAGUCGAUGGCCAGCCGUCGCGCCACCUGACAUUAAGCACGUAUCGUGGAGAACCGUGUUUACGGGACACGGCAGGUCGACCUGGUAUCUCUCGAGACUCCGUCGUUCAUAGGCAGAGGUAACCGUCUGUUGAAAAAGCGGGCGGCUGCUCUAUCGCCUGCGUCAGUUUUCACCAUCUCCUUCCAGCGGAAGUAAACCAUUCCAACGUGGCAAUGCAUGAUUUCAUGUCGAGCUUCACCCUGCCUCAGCUUGCAGGGCUGCUUUUCGGUCUCUGGCUGCUUUAUGCUGCCCAGCUCGGAGUCCGGCGACUCUACUUCAGCCCCAUCUCGCACAUUCCGGGCCCCAGGCUAGCGGCUCUGACGCAAUACUACGAGUUCUACUAUGACAUCGUCCUGCGAGGGCAGUACACGUUCAAGAUUAUCGAGAUGCAUCGGGAAUAUGGACCCGUCGUGCGCAUCAGCCCGUGGGAGGUCCACGUCGGCGACCCAGAGUUCUUUCCUGAGCUGUACACCGGGCCUGGCCGGCCUCGGGAGAAGUGGGCAUUUUACACCCAGCAGUUUGGGUCUCCUGGUAAGCCAUCAUGGGUCUGGUGUCUGUCUACUGAGCUGAACGCGACAAAAGAAAGCGCACUAGCUACCAUCAACCAUGAGCAUCACAGGCUGCGACGUUCAGCCUUGAACCCGUUCUUUUCAACGCAGUCGGUACGGAAGCUACAGCCCGUCAUAGAGGAGCGAGUGGACGCGCUGCUGGGACGUCUGCUUGAUCACGGCCAGCGGGCCAAGGAGCCCCUGGAUGUGAUGUAUCCGUUCUCAGCUUUCACCAACGAUGUCAUCAACCAGUACAGCUUUGCUCGGAGCGACCAUCUCAUCGAGGACCGGAACUUCGGCAAAGAGGUCACUGACAACCUGCUCAUGGGCACCCACCUGGGCCCGAUGAUCAAGCAUAUGAACUGGGCCCUCACGCUGGUCAACGCACUGCCCGAGUCCUUUUCGGGGCGUUUCGUUCCUGGGUGGGGCGGGUUCCUCAAGAUGAAGAAUGACAUCAAGGAUCAGAUCGCCGAGAUCAAAAGGACGGAGAAUACGGACAAGUGGCAGCUUGACGUCAGCCACCCGACCAUAUUUCACGAGAUGUUGUCGUCCAGACUCCUGCCGCCACGGGAGAAGACGGUGUCGCGGCUCGGGCAGGACGGGCAGAUCCUGGUGCAGGGCGGCACGCUCACGACGUCGUGGACGCUGUCGCUCGCCGUGUUCCACCUCCUGAACCGGCCGUCGACGCUGCGCAGGCUCCGGGACGAGCUCUUCGCCGCGAUCCCGGACCGUGAUGCCGUCGUGCCGCUGGCGGAGCUGGAGAACCUGCCGUACCUCCGGGGCGUCGUGAAGGAGGCGCUGAGGCUCGGGUUCGGUACGAGUUCCCGGCUGGCGCGUAUAUGCCCGGACGAGACGCUGUCUUACCACGACAAAGAGCGCGGCCGCACGCUGCAACUCCCGCCGGGGACGGUCAUCGGCAUGAGCACGUACAAGACGCAGACGGACCCGAAAAUCUACUACGACCCGUUCGGGUUCCACCCGGAGCGCUGGGUCGAAGACGGCGAGCGGCUCGAGAAGUACCUGACGGUGUUCUGCGGCGGUACGCGCGUCUGUCUCGGCAUGGCGCUUGCGCAGGCCGAAUUAUAUCUAAUGCUCGCGAAACUGUUCCGGCGAUGGGGUGGUGGCGGUGUCGUGGGCGGCAGCGUCAAGGGCGACGGGCGGCCUGGUGAUGUUGGAGUUCUCCGGAUUUUCGACACGACGGUCAGAGACUGUGAGAUGGCGGCGGACUAUUUCAUUCCCAUCCCGUACGAGAGCUCCGAAGGGAUCCGCAUCGUUUUUGACUCACUCGACAGCGCUGCGGUUUAGAAGCGGGUAUCCAAUCCCAUACGAGAGGUGUGUUAUAUUGGUGGCAGGCCAGGCCGAGUUGGGCCGUGCCGUCUUUGUCCAAGGUCCAUAGUAGGCUUUUAGAGUUGCGAUAGUCUGAGCCCUUGGCGCCAAUUGGGGAAAGACAAAGGCUUGGCUGGCAAUCCAUCAUUUCCAGGGACCGGACGACGAGAUGAUUGGAACAUCAGACUGAGGGAGGGUAUCCAUGCAUACACAGCCGCCGCUCGAUGUAUGUGAGAUGGGAUGGAAAGCAGCGAAUCAGUCGAAUGCCAUCAAGUCGUGAGUUGGUUCGUGCUGUCAAAAGUGCAAAAAUAGUACCUAGUUACUUCUUACACCGUGGUCGUCACCCUAUUUACGCUAGCACUUUUAAAUUGAUGUGUCCCGGCGGCUUAGCACGAUCAAGCAUGCUGUUUUGUGGUCGACGUCUUUCAGCUCAAUUCAACUACUAGAUGCGUCUCAAUCUAGCCACCAAGUGACGACUUUCGUCAAACGCCGACCUUUCCCAUUGAAGUUCGCUAAGAUUUCCCCAGCGUUGAUUAUAUUUGGAAAGAGGUCUCCAUUCGCGCUACCCCCAGCCCGUACAGGCACCUUUAUCUUGCACCCGAAGGGUAUGCAAUACGAAUGUCGCAACUUGUCCGGCUCCGCGGUGGUGUCCUCUCCCUCUCUCGGGCUUGAUGCCCCCCCUGCCUCCAUGGAACGGUUUCGGCUCGCUUCGACCCUUCUUGAGCAAUAGUUGUAACACC